AUGCAGGGAUGGGACGACGUCAGCUUUCACGGGUCCCCUCAGAUCCCCACGCCAAACUUGGACGCCCUGGCUGCAGACGGUGUCAUACUGAACAACUACUACGCUCAGCCGUCUUGCACUCCCUCGAGGGCAGCCCUGAUGACUGGACUCUAUCCCAUACGCACAGGAUUGCAAGGACUUGCGCUUGACGUGGCAGAUCCGUGGGGGCUGCCGUCGGACUUCCGGAUUCUCCCUCAAUACCUCAAAGACCUCGGAUACGAAACGCAUAUCGUUGGAAAGUGGGCUCUUGGAUAUUACAUGACGAAGCUGACCCCGACUUGCCGCGGUUUCGACAGCUUUUACGGCUAUUACAGUGGAGAAGAGAACUACUACACACACAGUGUAACGUACCAAAACCACACCGGUCAGGACUUCUGGCUCAACAGAGAACCCUUAUGGUCUGCAAAUGGUUCCUAUUCCACGACGCUGUACACGGAAAGAGCGAAGUAUCUCAUCCGCAACCGAGAUAAGUCAAAGCCGCUCUUUUUGUUUCUAAGUCAUCAGGCACCGCACGGAGCAGGAGAUCCCGAGCCAUUUCAGGCGCCGCAGGAAAACAUUGACAAGUUUCCUUAUAUUGGAGAAAAGAACAGAACAAUCUACGCAGGUAUGGUGCACGCGCUGGACCAAUCUGUGGGGGAAGUGGUUAAGGCCCUGAGCGACGCUCACAUCUUGCAAAACACCGUCAUCAUCUUCAGCAGCGACAACGGUGGCCAACCAUGGGGUUUCCACACGACCCGCAGCAUCAACUGGCCCCUGCGCGGAUCCAAGGGCACGGUCUGGGAAGGAGGCACCAGAGUUCCGGCAUUUGUCUGGAGUCCUUUCUUGGUCCACUCUCGCAGAGUCUCGUAUCAGCUUAUGCACAUCACGGACUGGCUGCCCACGUUAUAUUCAAUCGGCGGAGGCAACGUACACGCACUUGGCAAGCUCGACGGAUACAAUAUGUGGGAGCAUCUAUGCUACGGACUGGGCUCGCCUCGAGUGGAGAUGCUUUACAACAUCGACUACCGGUUCUUGAACGCCGCGGCUCUGCGGUUGUGGCGCUACAAGCUGGUGCUGGACGGCACGGGUUUCAUGAGCGACCGCUUCCCGAGACCCGGUGGAAGUCGGCCCAGCCGCGACCUCCACCGAUUGCUCGACCAAUCGCUGGCAGCUAAAGUCCUGCGUGGCUUUUACAAAAGGGACCGCCUGCAUUUCCCCAAGCACUGGCGGGAGAGAGCGACGCUGAAGUGUGGCGUGCCGACGUGGGCGCGAUUUCGCGCCAAGGACACCGUCCACUUGUUCGACAUCGUCACGGAUCCGUGUGAGCUGAACAAUGUGGCCAGCUUAUACCCAGAGGUUGUGGCACUCAUGAAGAAGCGCAUCGAAUACUACCAAGCUACGGCACUGCCUGCCAUGUUCGAACCGAAGGAUCCUGCAGGUUUUCCUGAGCACCACAAUGGAACGUGGGCACCGUGGGCAGGGUCAACGUGUUGAUAUUUAUUCGUUUCUUUGCGAAUCCAACGUGGCUACGCAGGACUGUACGCGCUGCCACCUCUUCUGUAACAACCGAACAUUUCUGGAUAAUGAGUCACGCAUGAUACGCCACUGAAAACUGUGCGUGACGGUGCCUUUUUACAGUGACGUAUGACUGUGUACGUAGUAGGCUUUUGUCCACAUUCUUUUAUGACGGGCUGAAAUAGGGCCUGCUUUGACGAUUCGUUUUAGCUGGCGUCUCCGUCCGGGGGAGGCGUCCACUAGUCAGGCUUGUUUUAAAGCGAUGACAUUGAUAGGUGUUUUAUAAUGUUUGCGUAUUUUGACGUGCCUUAUGUUGUUUGCGUCGCUGCGUGCCAAAAAUGUAUACGUUUAGUGAUCGUGACAACGACGCCUGCAAAGUAUAUCAGCCAGCCAGUUUAGGUCUCUAUAAAAAGAGCUCCACUUUUAGACACUUGUUUGGUGCAAAUGAUCACUGUUUUUUUUAAUGAAGAACACAUACUUAUUGUACCAAAGAGAUAGUGCUGCUAAGUCGACUUCAAGCGAAACAUAUUUAUUUCAAAACCAUGAUGCGC